CCGAGGAAAAAACCAGAAAGUACCAGAAAAGUUCCUACGAGUAGUAUAAAUACCAAACUUCCUCACCUCCUCGAGCAAGAAAUUGGAUAUUGAGACAUUGUGAUCAUCUGCCAUCGUUUUCUUAGCAAGCUUUCUCACCUUGUUAAUUUUUCUUAGCUCCAUAAGAAUAAAAGGAAAAAAAAAUGUCGAUCAUACCAAGCUUCGUCAGUGGUCGGAGAAACAACAACGCCUUGGAUAACUGGGACCCAUUCAAGGAUUUCCUUUUCCCUUCCUCUCUAUCCACCUACUUUCCCGAAUUUUCUCGGGAAACUUCGGCUUUCGUGAACACCCGAAUCGACUGGAAAGAGACUCCGGAAGCUCACAUUUUCAAGGCUGAUCUGCCAGGGCUGAAGAAGGAGGAGGUGAAGGUGGAGGUGGAAAAUGACAGAGUGCUUCAGAUCAGCGGAGAGAGGAAGAUCGAGAAAGAGGAAAAGAACGAAACUUGGCAUCGGAUGGAACGCAGCGGUGGGAAAUUCUUGAGGAAAUUCAGGCUACCUGAGAAUGCCAACAUGGAUGGUGUUAAGGCUGCCAUGGAGAAUGGUGUUCUCACCGUUACUGUUCCCAAAGUGCAGAUCAAGAAACCUGAGGUCAAAGCCAUUCAAAUUUCGGGCUGAUAAAUUAAAAGAAAAAAAUGCUUUAUAAUCAAUGUUCAUAUUUUCAAUAAAAAAAAUUUGUGUGUGUGCGUGUGUGCGCGCGCGCGCACGCGCAUAUGUAAAUUGUGGAUUCGGUGGGUUUGAAAUGUAAUGCUUUGAUUUGGAGUGGUGAGUGUAUUUUUUGUGUAAAUUUGUUUUGUAUGAUUCUAUUUAUAUUGCGAAUGGUCAAGGAAGGAGCCUACAU